UACCCAAUAUACCAAAUCGUUCCCCUUUUUCACUGUCUCCGCACAGGCUUCCGCCGCAGGCUUCAGCUACUCCGGACAGCAUACACCAUGGCCACCGCCGGCAAAAAGACGAAGAAGACCCAUGAGAGCAUCAAUAACAGGUUGGCUUUGGUGAUGAAGAGUGGAAAAUACACUCUUGGUUACAAAACUGUUCUCAAGACUCUCAGGAGCUCUAAGGGGAAGCUGAUUUUGAUCUCAAAUAAUUGCCCCCCAUUGAGGAAAUCUGAGAUUGAGUACUAUGCUAUGCUUGCUAAGGUUGGAGUUCAUCACUACAAUGGAAACAAUGUUGAUCUUGGAACUGCAUGCGGCAAGUAUUUUCGGGUAUCCUGUCUUAGCAUCGUUGACCCUGGUGAUUCGGAUAUCAUCAAGUCUCUGCCCGGGGAUCAUUAAUUCUGUUGUUUGAUGGCACCAUGAGAUCAGAAUGAGUGAUGUUAAGGCUUUUGUUGAGAGGAUUUUAUUUUAUCGCUUAUUUCCCUGAAUUAGAAAUAUUAUUUUUAAAAGUUUCAUGUAAUAGAUCCAUAUAUCUCUCAGUUUUGUGUUAGCUGCCAUCGACCUUGAGUUUGAGAUUGGAUAAUAGAAUUAAUCUUCUAGUUUUACCUAUGAGCACUGAAUUGGUCA